AUGAUCAAGAACACGAGUCUUUCUGCAGCUUUGUGGCUUAUAGCGGUGUGGUUCUUUUUUCUUAACUUGAGUUUGUGCUGCUAUUCUUUGAAUGAAGAAGGUAAUACUCUUUUGAAGUUGAAGGAGAGAAUAACUAGUGACCCUUUUGAUGCUUUAUCAAAUUGGGUUGAUGAUCAAGUUUCUCUUGAUCCUUGUCAUUGGUUUGGAGUUGAAUGUUCAGAUAGAGAAGUUGUUGUCUUGAAUUUGAAAGACCUUUGCCUUGAAGGAACUCUAUCACCAGAGCUUAUGAACCUCGUUCACGUAAAAUCUAUUAUUUUAAGGAACAACUCUUUCUAUGGAACCAUACCUGAAGAAAUUGUAGGCUUAAAAGAAUUGGAGAUUUUGGAUUUGGGAUAUAACAACUUUAGUGGAAAUUUAGAUGCUAAUUUUGGUCAUAAUAUCUCAUCACUAGCAAUUCUUUUGCUAGACAACAAUGAGCACCUUGCUGGUUUCUCUCCGAAAAUCAAUGAACUGAAAGUGCUUUCUGAGUGUCAAGUAGAUGAAAACCAGUUAACCAAUGCAGCUAACAUGCCAUCUUGUUCAGAACGAUCCACCAAAUGGCAUGUACGUGAAAAUGAAGGUCCAAGGAGCCUGCGGGAACGUCCCGAACUACAACGUCAUCCUUAUCAUCACCGUCAUAAUCAUACUUCGCCUCUCUAUAGACCUUCUCCUUCACUUUCUCCAUCGGUCGCUGAAGCACCACCGGUCACGAGUCCAGAUUCUCCUGAUCAAAAUGCUUCUGAUUCUCCGGAUCAAAACGCUUCAGAUUCUCCUUCUCAAAGUAUACCAUCAAAGAAGAAUCAAUUGCCUAUUUUUGCCGGAGUUAUUAUCGGCAGCGCUGUGUUUCUUGUUAUUUCAACCAUUGGUAUAUAUCUGUGUAAAACCAACAAGGUAUCUAUUGUCAAACCUUGGACUACUGGAAUAAGUGGACAGCUUCAAAAAGCACUUGUGACAGGUGUGCCAAAGCUAAAGAGAAUAGAUCUUGAAGCAGCAUGUGAAGAUUUUAGUAAUGUAAUCGGUAAUUCCCCGAUCGGUACAUUGUACAAAGGAACUUUAUCUAGUGGAGUUGAAAUUGCCGUAGCUUCUGUUUCUAUGACAUUAUCAAAGACUUGGACAAAGAAUUUAGAAGCUCAGUUUAGGAAGAAGAUAGACACAUUAUCAAAAGUGAACCACAGGAAUUUUGUCAAUCUUAUUGGAUAUUGUGAAGAAGAAGAACCUUUCACCAGAAUGUUGGUUUUUGAAUAUGCACCAAAUGGAACGCUAUUCGAGCAUUUACACGUAAAAGAAGCCGAGCACUUGAACUGGGGGCCGAGACUUAGAAUUGCGACGGGAAUGGCUUACUGCCUAAAAUACAUGCAUGGACUAGACCCUCCUGUGGCCCUUACAAACCUGAGUUCUUCAACCGUCCAUCUAACCGAUGAUCAUGCAGCAAAAAUCUCGGAUUUGAGUUUCUCCCGCGAAGCAGAUUCAUCUGAAAAGAAACCUGAUAGAAGAAAAGACAUUGAUAUUGAUAUGAUGAUGCAAUCAACAAAUCCAGCGAGUAAUGUUUAUAGCUUUGGUGUUUUGUUAUUCGAGAUAGUAACUGGUCGAAUUCCUUAUUUGCUAGAUAAUAGUUCAGCUGAAAAUUGGGCUUCACAUUAUCUAAAAUGGGACAAACCUCUCAAGGAGAUGGUGGAUGCAACUCUAGCAUCUUACCAAGAAAAUCAGGUGGAACAAGUUGCUGAGUUGAUAAAAGAUUGUGUGGAUCCUGAUUCGGAGAAGAGACCGAGUAUGAAUGAAGUGAGUGAGAGAUUGAGAGAGAUAACGAAAAUGUCGCCUGAAUUUGUAGUUCCUAAACUUUCUCCACUUUGGUGGGCUGAGCUUGAGAUUUCUUCUGCAUAA